GUCAGAAGUGGACCAUAGAUUCCAGGUGACGGAUAGCCUGUCCUCUAACUGAGAGAUCUAUUCAGUACACCGUUUCAGUCCACCGUUCUACGAUCUUCGACGCGUGCUUGGCUCAUCCGCCAAGGGGGCUGUCUCCCCCACUUCUGUCCUUCUGCCAGCUGUGUUCCCAUAUAAGAAGAGACGGAAGUAUAAAAUGUAGGCCAGACAAGAUAGGUAGGGCGUAAGAGAGCGUACGUAACAAGAGUCAACGCCAAGAAAGACAAAACAGCAACAACCAUGACCAUCAUCAGCAUCUCCGCCGCUCCUGGCAGCGACAUCUGGCGAAAGCCACCCCAAACCAACAUCUUCAACGCACCAACCAACACCCCAUCCUCACCAUCCCGCGCCAUCGGCCCCCUCCCCUCCUUCGUCUCCGCCCGCCUCUCCUUCUCCUUCGCCUGGUCCGUCCAGUACGACCAAGCCGGCCUCCUCCUCUCGCUCCGCAAGAAGGGCUCCUCCGACACCGCCGCCCCGCCGACAAAGUGGAUCAAGACCGGCGUCGAGUUCUACGACGGGACCCCCCGCCUAUCGACCGUGGCCUGCGACGCCUGGGCCGACUGGAGCGUGGGGCCGCUCGAGCCCGACGCCAGCGGCGAGACGGAAUGGACGACGGUGUCGGUCGAGCGCGCCGGCGACCAUCACGGCGCCAGCCUGUGGGUGUAUCGGGUGCUCGCUGACGGGACCAAGGUGCCGCUGCGGGAGGUGUGCUGGGUGUACGGCGGCGGGACCGGCGCGGACGCGCCGGCCGAGUGGGAGGUGAGCGUCGAGGCGUUUGCGGCCCGGCCGGCCCCGGAUGCAGCGGCGGGGGAGCUGGUGGCUAAGGUUAAGGAUUUUGAGGUCAAGUGGGAUGAUGAGUAGGGGGAUAUCACGGGGACACAGUAAUGGGGUUGUCGUGUCACCACAUUCACGAGGGAAGAGGCGGAAACAAGAAAGUGAGGUGGCCGAAUCUCCCAUUACCUAGCCCCUCAAACGGGCGUAGAGCCAACGGGGCCGCGGAACCGCCGUCCAUUUGGGGACGGCGAGUCUCACGGCCGGAUGAAGUAGAGUUCAUCAAGAAGUCGUCGUCAUCAUCAGUCAUUACAAAUGAGUGAUCACCAGCUCGUUGUGCGCUAGCGAGAAAAGAAACCACCAUGCAGGCCCAAAAUUCUGCUUACGAAGUCCAGACAUCACCAUCCCUUGGGGGAGUGUAUACACCCCCCGUAUCUUUUUUCCGCCUGACAAAGGAAAACUGUGUGUGUGUGCGCGCAAGAGAUGCGAUGUACGGCAGCGAAGGGGGA